AUGCCUCUCCUCGCGUCCCCAUUCCCACCCAACGCGCCCAUCCCCAUGCCCCUCGGUAGCCUUAGAUCUCCCAUCCAUCUCGCAGACUCCUGUGCCGCGUCCGCGCCCCCACCCACCUGCGUUCUGUCGUCUCGUCGCCGCCCAAAGACAGGCAGCAGUACCCUGCGCGGCCGGCGCCGACUCUCCCAACGCGACCCUUACCCUCCACCCCAGCCCCAUGCAUUCGACAGUCUUCCGUGGAUAUCCACCCUAGAGGCCGCCCCCGAUCUCCUAAAUCCCAGGUCCUGGGCCCAUCCGCCGGCGCAAGUCUCCGACCCGAUCAAGUCCCAUCUCCUUUCCAUCCGGAUCACCUCUACCCAUUCGCGACACCUCCCUCCUAUCGUCCCCAUCUGUAUCAACACCUCGAUCCCGCUUUACCCCAUCUCGCGUACUAUUCCAGAACCUCAUGCCAGUUCCCUGCUCUGA